ACUAACUAAAGCAUCCCAGACUACUGUAUCCAUUAGCCACAUUGAAGAUUUACACAAUUUCCUCUCUGUUCUUUCGGUCUUCCAAAUCACCCAUUGAUCAGCUAAGAUGGUUUCUUUUCAUUGAAUCGGACAAUGGUGGAGAGGGCCUCCAGCUUAUGAUAAGAGCUUCAAAUUGAGAAUUGAGCGAAGUAAACCAAGAAUUUUUUUUCCAGUGUUGAAUUACACUCGUCAGCCAUAUGGAAGAUCUGGGAAAAAUUAAAUCGAGCAUUUUCUUGUUUGUCGCAGUUUCUUUGAUAAUCUUCCCCCAUCUCGGGUGCUGCGUAAAAUUGUCGUCGGUUUCAAGCAAGGUGGGAACAAGUGAUUCAAAUCUUGAUUCCAAGAACUCAUAUAGUAGUACUUCAAAGUAUAUGAUGAAAUCUUACCAUGAAAGAUAUGAACAGCUGCAUGAUUCUCAUUAUAAAGAUUUUGUAGCACAAGGGCUUCCAUUUGGCUUGUGUGACAUUCAGUCAGAUAAUCCAAAUCUUGUACCAAGACUUCUAAGUUUAGAGCGCAAACUAAUUGGAGAAGGUUCCCACCGUCAUCUCUCCUCAUCUGUUAGAAUUAGCAUCCCACCUAUGUCCAUUGCUGAUAUCUCUCAUGAUAGUUGUGGAAUUGUUUAUAUUGAGAGGCUGCCUGCUGGGGUUUUUGCAGAUCCAUUUGAGCUUCAACAUCUCCUUCAGCGUGGUGUCUUUAAUGACGUUGCUGUUUUUGGAGAUACGAAUUUGGAAUUACCUUCGUUCCUUUCCAAUCGUUCUUCUGUUGAGGUUCACAUGGAUGUUAAUCCAGGUACCUUAAGUGAUAAGAAUGGAAUUGAUAUCAAGAUAAAGGUUCCCUUACAUUCAAGAUAUGCGCCUCUGAACGAAACCGGAUAUUCACGUGUCGAAUUUGGGGAACCUGAUUUGUUCCUUCGAUGCAGUGUUGGAAGAAAGUCACUCAAUCAGAGCUGUUUAUAUGUGAUAGCAAAUACUGCUUCCGAACUACGGUAUGGUACAAUUGUCUGGAAAAUACCUUCUGGGAUGAAGGCACAUUGUGGAGUUGUUUAUGUUUUUACCUUUGUUUCAGCCUUUUUAGCUGCUCUUGUAAUUGUGUUGACAUCCAUAUUCCGCUCAAGCAGCAACAUGUGUAGAAGUUCAAAACAAUCUUAAUUUGAUCUGCAUCGCAUUGUGUAUCUUUUGACAGCAUUUGAAUGUCUGGAUUGGUAACUACUAGAGGCACGAAAUUCUUGAACGAAGGUUACACAUCAAAUAAUGUUACAAUGUUUAGGCUGAGUUGUAAAAAAUUGGCAUUAAUAUUAGUUUCUUGUAACUUUAAGCCUGACUUUUUGAAUCGAGCGUUAAUGUUUGUUAUCUUAGUCAUCAAA